AAAAGGAAGCAUGUGUUUGACUGAAUGGAUUGCAGCAGGGUGCACGCAGCGACUGACUCACAGAUUCGAGCAUUCACGCGUGGGCUCGUGCCAAUAAUCAGUGUGACAGUGUCAAACGGCUUUCGUUUUUUGUAGGUCAAAGUCGAGAAGUAUUUCUGAGUUCAGGAGGAGGGAGUUCACAAAGGGGUUAAUAGGGUAGAGAAGGAGUAUUUAUAUUCAGCCAGAGCUCCGGUGGGAUGUCGGAACAGCAACACUCUAUUUCUGUCUGCGCGUGGAGACGGUGGAGGAAAAAAGCACCAGCAAUGCACGCAGUUGGAUAUCACAGGGUGGUGCACAGCACCUUCCUCAUCUUCCUCAGUGUAAUCAUCAUCCAAUGUUCAUACGCAGACCCAUUACAUGUGACGGUACCACAAAGUCGUUUGACCGCAGCCAGGGGACACUCUGUGAUUCUUGGAUGUGAAUUCUCCCCUGACUUUGGACAAAACCCAGACAUUUCCAGCUUGGUUUUGACCUGGCAACGAAAAAAGGAUGACCGUGUGGUUCAUAGCUUCUAUUAUGAACAGAACCAACUGAAUACUCAAGACUCUGCAUACCAGAACCGAACAUCACUCUUCAGGAACCAGCUAAACAAAGGAAAUGCUUCAGUCAAGAUCGACAAUGUGGGAGUGCAGGACGCCGGACACUAUCUCUGCAUUGUGAGCACCAAUCAAGGGACUGACAAAGCAGAGUUACAGCUAGACUACGGAGCUUUCUACACAGAACCGAGGUUAACCAUCAGUGUAGACUCCUCUGACAUUUCAGUGCAGUAUGAGACGGAAGGAUUCCCUGCUCCCGAGGUGAUGUGGAAAGGAGAACAUGGCGAGAACCUCAGCAAUCAAACGACGACAUCUAUGCAAUCAGACGCAGGAAUGGGACUUUACUAUAUCAAAAGCAGUUACACGGCACCAAACAAACCACUGAACUUCACAUUUAUUCUCAAAAACCAGCUGCUGCAACAACACCUGCAGAGGCCCGUCAUCAUCUCCGGUGCUCAGCCCUCCUGUCAUAAGGGAAUUAUUGUACUUGUGCUUGUAGUCUUUUUGGUAAUCUUCGUCGUGGCAGCAGGGAUUGCCUAUAUAUAUAUUCGCAGGUUGAAAAGACAGAAAUAAGCCAUGCAGAGUUUGUAGAGUGUGUCGUUUGAAGAACAAGACGUUUCAAAGCAACCUUUAAUUUGGCACUUGAAAUCAUUUAAAUGUGCCUUCUCUGGCAACAUUGCCUGAGCCUUUGCAGCAUAGCAUUCAUGAUUUAGCUUUUUAUUUUUUUUUUUCCUGAAUUCCUUUCAAGUACUUUCCCAGAGUCCAUUGCACAUCUUAUCACAAGAAACAACUGGUACUUAUUGUUUAGAAUUCGCCCUGUCUUUACAAUGAAGAUGAUAACAGCUGUCUGAAGGCCACAAAAAGUGUUUGUGCCUCAAAGAUAAAUACUUUCCCAAAAUGGCCUCAAAUUCCAGUAGUAGUUUUCAGCCAAUUUGAGAUUGUGCUUGUGGUUAAAUCCUGUUCUUACAGUGAAAUUUUUUCUUUCUUUCAUGUGUUCACAUAAGGUGUCAUCCACAGUUUGAUGAUUUUUGAGUAAUUAAACAGUUAAAGGUAAUAAAUCAAGGAGGCCGAUUUGAAAACGAAUGAGGUCAGCUGUAAUAUCAUCAAGAUUUGGCUAGCUUAGAUUUUUUUUCCCCCCAAAUAUCCCCUUUUUUUUUAAUCACGGCACAUGCUACGUUUGUAAAGAAAACCUGGGUUGGUCUGGAAAAAACAACAAAAAAAAAACAGUUGUAAGAUUUAAUUGUACACAAACACAUAUUUUAACUUCAGUUUCAAGCUCUGCUGCUUUCCUUGUGAAAUGAAACCUGUCAGUGGUUGUGCUAGCAAGUUUACUCCAUCAGUGAUUUAGCAUAAUUUUGCCUAAAAAAACGCCAUUACAGAAAUGUGUGGCGAUUGUGUGUGUGUAUAGAAAUGAAGUCACAGUACACAGUAAUAUGUACAGUAAUAUAACUAAUAUAACUAAUAUAAUUCAGCUGUACAAAAUCAAUGUUGCUUUGAAAUGACCUGACUCAACCCCUCGGAUGUAAAAGGGGGAAGAUGUAUUUUUACUUUUUAGUAUGUUUGUUGGAGUUUCAGUCACAGGUUUUCACUCUCAAGUCAUAUCCCAGAAGCCUGAAGACAAAUGUAAACGAUUAAACAAGCUAGUUAGCCAUUGCAUUGUUAGCCUCCUACCUCUUACCUCAGCGCUUACCUCCGACAAUGAUUUCGUUAAUUAUUUCCCAGCAUGGAUGUUCUUUGCAGAUCAUGAAAGUUUUGAAAAAUCACAUCGAUGGAUUUAGGGAUAGUGGAGAAAGUAAAACAGGUUAAAUCGUAAUUCAGGCUUCAGGAGAUGACUUUCUUUAUGCGCCAUUGUAUUCCUCAGAUUUUCUGUUUUCAGAAUCAAUCAAUCUGUCUUUGCUGCUGAACGGUUGUGUUAAUCUGUAUAGAAUGAUCCUUGAUAGAUAUAUUAAAUAACUUUUCUACAUGUCUACAGUAAAUCUUUUUUUUUUUUUUUUGGACAAUAAAGCUUAAUAUAUUAUCA